UAAAAUAGUUCCGAAUCACGGAAUCUUGGGCUGAGCGAGAACGGCAGCACUACUAAGUACUAAUUGGUACCAAUAGCGUCUAUAAAGGGACUCCAGUUCAUAGUCGAGUAGAUUCCUUGCGUUCACCUCAUUCAAGACCACAUUCACCUCGCCUCAGCCAUUUCAUUCUGAUUGUAAGUGUCUCUUUCUACUGGAAACUAAGUAAUUUCAAAGGUCUUUAAAUGACCAGCCUCCUCUUGUGUUUUUCUUGACCAGUUACAGAACAUGAUGCACAGAGCCUUUUACUCUGUCUUGUUCUGUUCAUAUUAUACUAGAAUCCUUCACUACCCAUGUAAAUGAUGCACAGACACAACGGUUGAUGCACUGGCAGAUGGCCAUGUCAUCUUGGAAAAAGGUUGCUAAACUUCGACAAACGCCACAUCGAGAAAGACACCAGCCGGAAGAGCGCUCUAAUUUAGGUCUCUUACACAAACAGAAGGACUACCAGGCUCGAGCUAAGAAUGCAAACGAGAAAAAACGAGCUUUGAAGCUGUUGCAUCGAAAAGCUUUAGACAAAAAUCCAGAUGAGUUUUACUUCCAUAUGAUAAACUCAAAGGUUCAAGAUGGCGAACACAUCGAAUUCAGUAAGGAUAAUGAGUACACAGAUGAACAGAUCAAACUGAUGCAAACCAGGGACAUCAAAUAUAUCAACAUGCAGCGAACUAUUGAGCACAAGAAAGUGAACAGGUUAAAAAGGGAAAUGCACCUGUUGGAUGCUGCUGAGAGAAUUCCUAACCACCACCUAUUCUUCAUCGAUGAUGAUAAAGAAAGGAAAAAUUUUGAUCCUGUCAAACAUCUCGGCACACACCCAGAUCUCUUAGGACGAAAAACAAAUCGACCACGACUCUUAAACUUAAAUGCUGUUAACUUACCAGACAUGAACAUAGAGGCUGUAAAAGCUGCUGCCAAAGUGAGGAACAAAAAAUACUCAGUUUUAAAUAGGCACAUGGUCCGAGAAAAACAGUUGUCAAUUGUUCAACGCAAAUUAGAGCUCAAAAGGCAUCUUUUGAGUCAGAAAGGCGUCAAAAAAGAAAGAAUCCAGCCUGCUGCUAAAGACGCUCCACCUGUUUACAAGUGGAAGUUCCAGCGAAAAAGAUAGCCGUGGUUUUAAACUUCUCCACAUAUCUGUGAUUUCCUUCAGUUUCUCUUUAUUAUUUUAUUACACAUUAUUAUUAAUUAA